AUGGGCGCCUAUCUCUAUGGGCGCCUAUCUCUAGGGGCGCCUAUCUCUAGGGGCGCCUAUCUCUAUGGGCGUCUAUCUCUAUGGGCGCCUAUCUCUAUGGGCGCCUAUCUCUAUGGGCGCCUAUCUCUAGGGGCGCCUAUCUCUAGGGGCGCCUAUCUCUAUGGGCGCCUAUCUCUAUGGGCGCCUAUCUCUAUGGGCGCCUAUCUCUAUGGGCGCCUAUCUCUAUGGGCGCCUAUCUCUAUGGGCGCCUAUCUCUAUGGGCGCCUAUCUCUAUGGGCGCCUAUCUCUAUGGGCGCCUAUCUCUAUGGGUGCCUAUCUCUGGGCGCAUAUCUCUAUGGGCGCCAAUCUCUUGGGGCACCUAUCUCUAUGGGCGCCUAUCUCUAUGGGCGCCUAUCUCUAGGGGCGGCUAUCUCUAUGGGCGUCUAUCUCAAGGGGCGCCUAUCUCUAGGGGUGCCUAUCUCUAUGGGCGCCUAUCUCUAUGGGCGCCUAUCUCUAUGGGCGCCUAUCUCUAGGGGUGCCCAUCUCUAUGGGCGCCUAUCUCUAGGGGCGCCUAUCUGGGCGCCUAUCUCUAUGGGCGCCUAUCUCUAUGGGCGCCUAUCUCUAGGGGCGCCUAUCUCUAGGGGCGCCUAUCUCUAUGGGCGCCUAUCUCUAUGGGCGCCUAUCUCUAUGGGCGCCUAUCUCUAUGGGCGCCUAUCUCUAUGGGCGCCUAUCUCUAUGGGCGCCUAUCUCUAUGGGCGCCUAUCUCUAUGGGCGCCUAUCUCUAGGGGCGCCUAUCUCUAG